AUGACUCGGGGGUACAUGUGCUCCGACCUGAAUUCGCUCCAGCGAAGGGGCCCUUCUCCCGCGCGGGUCGAGCAGGAGAACCGGGAGCUGGCAGGCGCCGUCGCCGCUAGGGACGAAGCGGUGGCAGAGGUGGGUAGGGACAGGGCCCGCUUCCACGCCCAGCUGGCGGCGUUGCAGGCGGCGGACGCGGAGGCGGCCCAGGCGGACGAGGCAGCGGCCCAGGCGGCGGUGGCAGCGGCGGAGGCGGCGCUGGCGGCGUCCCGCGAGCAGUGCGACCUCGACGAGCUGGCCAAAUGGUCGCACCUCGCCGAGACGCUGCGUGUCUCCGCGCUGGAGGAGAAGGCCAGGAAGGCCCAGGAGGACGCCCAGGCGGAGGCGUGGGCCUUCCUCGAGAUGGCGCGCCGGCAGGAAGAGGCCACGCGCCAGGCGGCGCUCCGGGAGGAGGAGGAGCGCCGGACCGCGCUCCUGGCGGAGGAGGAGCGUCGGGCCGCACUCCGGCUAGAGGCGGAGCUGCAGGCCGCAGCGGGGGAGCAGCUCCGGAAGGAGUCCGCGUGGAUGGCACGGCUGCGCAGGCCGGCGAGCCCGCCGAACCCGCACUCCGUCCGGGAAAGGGCGCGAUGGUCAUUUGCCGAUGUACGGCUUUGCUCCGUUCAUGGUCACCACUCCAGCGCUUGA